GGUCAUCCUUUGAAGUCGCCCGUUGCUCUUUCUUUGUCCACUCCGGAUCCGAUCUCCACCCCGCCAGAAAAUGAAGUUGAUCGCUGCUUAUUUGCUCGCUGUUUUGGGCGGGAACACCUGUCCGUCCUCUGCUGAUCUCAAGGGCAUACUUGGAUCUGUGGGAGCAGAGGUUGACGAUGACAGGAUUGAAAUUCUUCUGUCUGAAGUCAAGGGCAAAGACAUAACUGAGCUGAUCGCCAGCGGUAGGGAAAAGUUGGCCUCUGUGCCUUCUGGCGGUGGUGCAGCAGUUGCAAUGGCCGCCACACCUGGCGGUGCUGGUGGCGCUGCCGCUCCAGCGGCAGCCGAGCCAAAGAAGGAAGAGAAGGUUGAGGAGAAAGAGGAAUCCGAUGAUGACAUGGGCUUCAGUCUCUUUGAUUGAUUAUUCGACUUUUCUUCGGAACAUUCUCUAUCUAGAGAUUUUAAUUGCUAAAAUUUUGAUAUAAAGUCAUUCAGGUUAAUUUAUCUUUUUGUAGUGAAAGAAUUAAGUGUGCAAGCCUUUCUUAUGUGAAAUCACAAUUUAUUUAGUCAUAAAUCAUGGAGUGUGGCUGUUUCUUGUUAUAAGUUUUGACUGAUUGACGUCUCAUUUUGCGGCAAAUUCAGUGUGAAUGGGAAGUCUUGGCAUUGAAAGGUUUCAA